GCUCCGAGGCGUGUGGAUGUGUCGCUCCCGCUGGUCAGAGAUGAGGCAGUUGGCGUGGUUGUGGGUGUUGGUGGUGGAGGUCAUGGUGGAGAUGACCUCAGGGAAGGUCUUCGAGAAGUGUGAGUUGGCUACAGUGCUGGAGAAGACCCACAACAUGACCCGGGGCGAGGUCAAGAAGUGGGUAUGCAUAGCUCAGUACGAGUCCACCUUCAACACGACGGCCGUCAACCACGGCAACUGGGACGGCAGCAAGGACUACGGCCUCUUCCAGCUCAGCAACAAGUUCUGGUGCGACGACGCCAGGAAGGGCAAGAACGUCUGUAGGAUUCCUUGUACAGACCUGCUGGAUGAUGACCUCACAGAUGACCUGGCCUGUAUCAAGAAGAUCAUCAGAGACACUGAGCAAUGGAAAGGCAAGGGAACAGCUUUCACUGCAUGGGUGGCUUACGUGAGCAAAUGUCAGAAUCGCGACUUAGACGAGUACAUGUCUGAGUGUUGGUCUGGCUCCAGCUCGUCGUCCAACACUGUCAACAUUCGGGACGAGUCUAUCCUGCAACCGGACUCCAUCAUAGAAAACCAGGAAGCCGCCAAGGAUAACUUCCCCAUUGUCAAUCUCGUCCGUGUUCCCAUUAGACACGUGCCGUACGUAGCCUUCCCUCCAGUGCUCUACUACAUCUACCCCCCUCUAAGCUUCCCGACACCUCUGGCCAUUUGGCAACCAUUAUAGUCUACCGGAAGUAUACAGUAAUGAUGUAUAAUUAUGUGACCCUGGUUUAGAGAAGGCUUAAAAGGUCAGGCAACAUAAUUUAUUGGCCUAGCAGGAAAGAUCAUAUAGCCCUGUUAAGCCCAAAUUAAUAAAAAUUAUUAUAAUCUAA